GACACCAAAUUGUUUUUCAGCUACACAUCUGGUCAGGCAGGUGUGUUCUAUUCCGCUGGCUGGCCAAUCAGAUAUUCUUCCGGGAGCCCAGAUUACUGUUACAUAAGGUAUAACGUCGGUAGCAACAGCUUGAAAGUUGCUGUCAUGGACUUGGACCUUGGCUCAUCUUCCUAUUCAAAUUUGCCAUACUUCCAAGUGAGAGGCUCAAACAGUCGUUAUUUCGAAAAAUACCCCAUCGCAUUUGAAAGCAAAAAAAGCUUAAUCACACGCUACACGAUUGCAGUGAGUAUAAAACUGUGUGGAACUCAGUCUCCUCGAUCGUAUACCACUGAUUACAACUAUGUGUAUUUGCUCUUUAAUAAACCAAUCGCCACGACAGUUGGUAGAGGUUUUGUGGUUGGCUACGUCGAAUAUGGAUCCUCGUCAAGUUGGUCAAGUUGGUCAAGUUGGUCGAAGUGGUCGAGUUGGUCAAGUUCAAGAAGUUCAGGUUCAGGCACUGCUAUUGGCGCAUCAAUCGGGAGUAUCGUUUUUGUUGCGAUCAUAAUAGGAGUCAUCUAUGGAUGUUGCAGAGCAUCUUGCAGGGCCAAUCGAGGAGCCAUCAUUGUAGCACAGCAAGGACAGACCGCACAAGCCGCCCCCAUUGUAAAUGCCAAUGUCUCUAACAAUGUAGCAACAUCCCAGGCAACUACUCUAGCACCUACAACUACUGCAGGUUACAUGCCACCACCGCAGGGUGCCCCUGGCUAUAUGUACCCACCGCAGGGUGCCCCUGGAUAUAUGCCACCACCGCAGGGUGCACCUGCAUAUAUGCCACCGCAGGGUGCCCCUGGCUAUAUGUACCCACCGCAGGGUGCCCCUGGAUGUAUGCCACCACCACAAGGUGCCCCAGGAUAUAUGCCACCACCACAAGGUGCCCCAGGAGAUAUGCCAUCACCAGAUGGUCAAGGCUAUAUGGCGGCGCCACCGCCAUACUCGACCAGUGGUCCUUAUCCAACUGCACAAUAUCCUGGUGGAAUGCAAAAACAAUAAAGAUUUGCAAAGUACUUUAAUUUCAACUGAUUCGUGUCGUUAUUCUAAGAUUUCAAAAUCUUGCAGCCGUAUUGCUGACAAGCCAUUUUUCUUUAAUUAAGCAUAGUUCAGGUUUUCAUCUUAUAACUUUAUGUAGUGCUAGAUUCAAUUUGCAAUAUAUUUGUUGUAUUAUAGCUGCAUUGUCAGAACUAUAUAGAUUUAAUGUGUUGGGAAUUCCUAAGCAACCUGCAAGGUUAUUCACCUUCUUAAUUUUUUGCCGAAUGUUCAUGAAAUAAGCACUUGAUUGACAGAAGAUGAUUACAAGGGAAAAAGCCCGAUUAUCCAACUUUUCGAAUUUGUCUCCCACUCCAGUUUUGAUCCAUAACUAUAUAUUAUAUUAAUCUUAAUAUUAAAUCAACAUAAUGUUUCUGAAACCAUGCACCUCAGCCAGUUCAAAUGGUCAUUAAUUAUAUUAAUAGCAAUAUAGUGUUGUGACAACCGGCCCGUUGUCAGGGGGUUAUCAACAGGUGCUAGCGCUUUGCCCGCUCGAUUCAAAUUGUUGUGCUGUUGCCGUAUCGCAUGGUCGCUAUCGCCGCCAUUUUACUUUCGUUCGCUGUUCGUGAUGAUUUGUCGGUCUGCAUUGUUUUGCGUAUCUUGACAAUUAUAUUUUAUUGUUAAUAUUACGAUAACUUGUUGAUUUAUAAAUGAUUGAUUAAGUAUUUAGCUUCAUGUUAUUUUUAUUGAAUUAUGUAUUAUUUUGAAUAAUCUUGUUACUUUAAAGCAAUGUAUCACGGUAUUCUAAACUAAUUAAUUGAUUUGACUUGUUUCAUUUGGU